AUGACUGAUGAAUUUAAUCGAUACUAUAUCAAAAUUCGAGUUAUUUUAGGAAUAGAUUCAAAAACAACUUUCAACGAACUUACACAAGCAUUGGGACCUGAUGCUCUAUCAUAUCCAAUGGUCAGAAAAUGGGCCAAACGUUUUCGUGAAGGAAGAGAAGAUGUCAGUGAUGAUCCUCGAUCUGGUCGUUCGAUUUCGAUAUUUACAGAUGAAAAUAUUGAGCGCGUUCGACAAGUUAUCGAAGAUGAUCCACACUCAACUUAUGAUGAUAUUACGGUUGAGAUUGGUCUAUCUCGUGGUAUAAUAGAACGAAUUAUUCAUGAUUGUCUAAAGAUAAGAAAAGUUACGUCACGUUGGGUUGCUCAUCAGCUCACUGACGAACAAAAACAAGAACGAUUUAGAAUUUGUCAUCCAAAUUUAGAGAAAUUCGGAAACGAAACAUGGCGGUUAUGUGAUAUUAUUACUGGUGAUGAGACAUGGAUUUAUCACAGAAAGAUUGAUCGAAAGUCAAGCAAUUCUACCUGGGUUGGUGCAAAUGAACCACCAAGGACCGUUAUUCGUCGGAAUAGAUCUGAAUCUAGAACACUGUUUUGCUUAUUCUUUAAAUCCACUGCGUCCUGUUCUUAUACAUAA